AUGAAUGUUAUUCCAUCUCAUGUUUUAAUAGAAGCAUUUCAAGCAAUGAAACAUGCUCAAAAUUUAACAAUUUUGUUUCUUGAUUCAAGUUUAUUUCCAUCAUUUGUUGAUAAAAAUACAAUUGUAUCGAAUGAACUUGAUCCUACAGCUCGAUUACCCGAAGUUGAUAGUGCAUUUUGGGGUCGAUUAGAAAUAAUGUGUAGUGAAAAUCAAUAUGCUGAUGAAUGGAUACCAGUAUUUAUUGCAUUACUUGAAGUCACACGUGAUAUCGUUGAUGUAUGUUAUAUAUAA